AUGGCUUUGGUCAUGACCGCGGGCGAGGAAUUUGUGGUCGAGCAUCUCGAGGUCACGGUGGACGACACCCCGUCGUCUUCGACGGAACCCAAGUCCUCACAAGUCGUCGCCAUCAAUCCCACGUCCAUCUCCACAAGCCUGUCGCAGGUAUCCACGACCACAUCCGCUCCCUCUACCACGCUCGUUUCGCCAUUAUCGGACACGAUUGUCUCUUCCACAACCUCGGCUACUAUCGCCAGUGACACAACACUCACCUCGAGCACUACCGCCCCUCUCUCCGCGAUCUCUGACACGUCUGUGACCCAGUCUCAGUCAAUCUAUCCUAUCAGUGCAACCACCAGCUCAACCAACAUCCCGACAAACGAACCGGAAACCACCGAGAUCGCGAAGAACCACUCGCCAACGCUGACGAUGGGCGCGACCAUAGGCGUCGCGGCAGCGGGCUCGUUUUUGCUGCUCCUCUUUCUUCUCGCCGCAGCUUGGUGGCUCUACCGAAAGCGGAUAGGGGGCAAGCGCAUUGACCCAUCCCUAUCUGAUGAUCCCCAACAGCUCCCGCCGAGAACAUUCGCAACGGCCGGCCGCGAGCACGUCCCAGCUAUUGUUCCGGUCGCGAGGCAUCGCAAGGGGCCCUCUGUCUAUGUCUCAGUAGGCUCCAGCGACGACCUGUUCGUCGGAGGAAGUCAGGAUGCGUUCGGUCAUAUUCCCAGCAGCAUCAUCUAUCCGAAUGAGAAGAAUGGGCCCGGCAUUGUACCGUUGUCCUCACCAUCAUCCGCCACCGGUCUCCUCCAACAGCGAUCCGCUUACGCAUACCCCACAUCCACUGCCCAUGUUUUGCUGGGAACACCGGCGACAGUCCAUCGAGAGGACCAGUCAUUCGUGAGAAGGCGGUCGCAGGACGGAGGCGUGCGGAUCGCCGGAGGUCCUCCAGGACAUCAGAGUGAGGACCGUGGUGACACAUUUCUGGAUAUGGACUCGCGGAGAAAUACGAGUUACACGCUGCCUCCGGAAUACAACUUCGACUCGCGAGCUCCAUCUCCAGCGUUCUGA